AUGAGUCCUUUCACGCGCAAGAGUCCGGAGACAGGCACCAUGGAGCACAACCGCACUGUUGACAUGCUCCGCCGAGCACAAGCGUACGGUUACGCCGUGGGCGCAUACAACUGCUACAACGAUGACGGCGUCAUGGCCGUCAUCCGCGCCGCAGAAGCCAGCAAGUCCCCCGCAAUAAUCCAGCUCUUCCCCUGGACGCUCAACUUCCAAGGACCGCACUUCAUCCGCUGGGUCGUCGAAUACGCACACUCUGCCAGCGUGCCCAUCGCCGUGCAUUUAGAUCACUGCAUUGAGCCCGAGGACGUGCGACGUGCGCUGGAGCUGCCGUUCGACUCCAUUAUGAUCGAUGCCUCGCGGCUCGAUCCUGAGGCGAACAUUGCCGAGUGCGCCCGGAUCGUGGAGGAGGCCAAUGCUCGCGGGAUUGCGAUCGAGGCGGAGUUGGGAAGGAUUGAGGGCGGCGAGGAUGGGCUCCCGCUUACUGACCUCGAGUCUAUCCUCACGAAUCCGGGCUUUGCGAGAGAGUUUGUGGACAGGACUGGAGUGCAGCUGCUGGCUCCUUCGUUUGGGAAUAUCCAUGGGAGUUACGGUCCGCUUGGGCCGAAGGCAUAUUGGAGGCUUGACGUGCUCAAAGACUUGAACGAAAAUAUUCCAAGCAUACCUCUUGUCCUCCACGGCACAACGGCCGUCAGCGACGUCUUGUUUCGCGAGACGAUCAAGCGAGGAGUGCACAAGAUCAACUUGAACAGGACUGUACGGGACGACUACAGCAGAUUUGUGGCUGCCAAUGCGGGGAAACUUGAACUUACUGCGCUCAAAGAACAGGCUGUUGAAGUGCAUGCCAAAUCCAUAGAGAGGCUGAUGGAUGUGCUUGGGUCUUCCGGAAGAGCGUGAUGUCGAACUUCUCCAGAUGGGACUGCGGGGCUCAGGGCAGAUCGCCGGUUUGGGAGGGGCUUUCCAACACUUGAUAGGCAUAAUUGGCCAAUUUGGGAGUCUCAUGGCCCAAAGACUAUCCUGUGGGGGUUGCCUUCAAUCAUGCAUCUCUUUCUUGAAGAAGAUUCCA